AUGGACACUCUGAAUGAGGCCUCUGAGAAGAAGAAGCAGCAACUGAGAAAUACUCUGAAGAAACUGACCGCAACGAGAGGGGAGGCUGAAAGAAGAAUCGAGAGCCUACAGGAGCUCGGGAAAGAGGUGAAAGAAAAUGCAGCUGCGGUAACAGAGGAAGUCACUGCCCUGAUUAGGGACAUCAGGGAACAGCUGGAAGUCCUAGAGAAGCAAGUCCUGAGUGAGAUCUCCAGACAGGAAAAGCAGGCUUCACUAAAAGUCUCAGAUCUAAUCCGGCAGCUUGAAAUAAAGAAGGAGAAGCUGUCCAGAAAGAUGGGUCACAUUGAGGAGCUGUGUAGCAUGACAGACCCAUUAACUGUCUUACAAGGACAGGAAUCAGAUAAUGCUGACAAUUGUGAUGCUGAAGAGGGAGAUAAUGAGGACAGAUACAGAGAUGGUAAAAUGGUCCGUGCUGUAGGGGAUCUGGACAUGUGUCUGAUCUCAGUGACCUUACACUCAGGCUUAGCUCGGAUUGUGACCGGAGUAAAGAGACAGCGCCAUGUAUCAGCUAAUAUAUUACUGGGGGUAGAAUUAGCUUCAGACAUGUUACUGGAUGUAAACACGGCUUCAGACAUAUUAUUGGAUGCACACACAGCUGGUAAUAAUGUAACUGUAUCAGGUGAUAUGAAAACUGUAUCCUGGUCAAUAAUAAACCAGAGUGGCCCAGACACACCAGAGAGAUUUCAGUAUAAACAGACUUUAAGCUCCAGGAGUUUCUCCUCAGGGCGACAUUACUGGGAAGUGGAGGACAGUAAGUCAGGGUGGUGGAGGUUAGGGAUGGCCUAUCGCAGUGUAGCCAAAAAAGGAGGUCAAUCAUGGAUUGGAUAUAAUAAUAACAAGUCCUGGGGUUUCGGGAGGUGGUGGUAUAAUAGCCAGUAUGAAGUGAGACAUGACAGUAAAGUUAUCGAGCUACCUCACCACCCUUCCAGCCAGAGAUUAGGGAUAUACCUGGACUAUGAGGCUGGGCGGCUGUCCUUUUAUGAGCUGUGUGAUCCAAUCAGACACAUACACACCUUCACUGCCAACUUCACUGAGCCGCUUCAUGCUAUAUACUGGGGAUGUGGGAAUAAUGCCUCCUCUGAGAAUUGAAUGUAAUAAAUGAUUUAUUAACCCCUUAAGGAUGGAGGCAAUUGUACAUGUUUUGGAACGUUACAGGGUCAAAUAUAGGGCUUUCCUCAAUUUACUUUUUAAACAUUGAAAUUUGCCAGAUUGGUUUGCUGGGCCUAUGUUGCAUUUGAGACCGUAUGGCAGCCUAGGAAUGAAAAAUAACCUCAUCAUGGCAUACCAUUUGCAAAAGUAGACAACCCAGGGUAUUCAAAACUGGGUAUGUCCAGUCUUUUUUAGUCGCAACUUAGUCACAAAUCCUGGCCAAAGUAAGUGUUCAUAGUAGUUUAUUGCAAAAACUGCCUUUUCACUGAUGAUUUCAUCAGCAUUAUAAAUUUUACUGUUCUAAAACAAUCAUAUUUGUGUUCAGUGAUUCCUCACGAGUACAGUUUUUAGUUUUUGGGUCAAAUAUAAGGCUUGCAAUUUAAAUUAUGGGUUGUCACGUCCAUAAAAUUGUAAUUAAUAAAAUUACAUAAUUAGAUAAAAAUAAUACAUAAAUGUAGACGUAGAAUUAAAAAAUGUAUUUAUUUAUUUUGUCAAUCUUUCUUUUAUUGUGGCAGUUGAUUCACAAAUUACAGAAUAGUAUGAAAGAAGUUAAAUCAGAUAGACAUAAGACAGAUAUUUCAGCGUUUAACAGAGGAAACUCCUAAGCGAGGCAGCCAAAUUUUUAUAAUGGUACACGUUUUAUCAGGUUAGAUAUUCAUGAAUGGAUUGUUGUAAAGUAGACAUGCUAAAAACAUGAUAAAUCAGGCUGGGUAUUCAUGAGUAUACUACGAUGGCAUGUACAAACGAAAAACUGAGUGUUUCAGGCUAGAUAUGCGUGAGAGUGUUAUAAUUGCAUAAACAUCAUGUUAGAGUUACAGGCUUGUAAAACCACGGGUUCUACCUCUCAGUGGAUGUUUGCAUGUUGCAUGAGUCAGGCACUGUCUCCCCAAAAUGGGUAAAAUGGUGGGUGCGUCGUGUGUGAAUGUGUCUGUCAGAGCUGGUAGAUGUUAGUGCCAGGUGUGGUAGGCUCAUCGUGGAAGGCUGUAACACUGCUGUGGAAGGAGUGCCCAGGGGGGCCUGCUCUUCUCACGCCUCUCUUCCCUUCGCUUACUCUCCGCAGCCGGAGGCUUUGGCGUCUCGAGGUGGGCAGAUAACUUGCCCAGGAGCUGUCGAACGUCUUAGCCAAGCGCUCCAAUAUGAGCUCAUAUGUGCUCUGGGUUGUCUUAGCAGAAUGCUAUGCACAAGGCUUUUGGUUGUCAGUCAUCUUGUGGUGAACUGCCCGGUCUGUAAUCUGCGGCAGAACGGGUGCUUGGGUGCAGCCGUAGUCUGAGGUGGUUGCCCGUGGGGACCGGGAUAACAACCGCCGGUCAAAAGGGGGACACACAGCAAAGCGCCGGUCGGAGAACUGGGAGAGCGGCCGCCUCAUCCCAGCUCAAGCUCAGGUAGGCCCUUAGGCCUCAAUCGGGUUACUUUGAAUGCCAUAUGGGGUCGUGUGAGGUAUCCCUGUGUACACCGUCGGCUGCUCAGUAGUUUGGUCACCGAUUUGGGUCAGUGUCAGCUUGUGGUUUGCAGUUAGCUCUGAUUUUCGGCUCCAAUUGGUAGGACAUACCAUGCCGCCCUAACAGCGCUUAAGCCCAUUUUGUGCAGUGCGGCAUAGUUCUCCAUUAAGGGGUUAAUCUUAUUAGAGAUAUUUAACUGAAAAUCCCUGAGAGGGAAUCAGGAGCCAAUAAUACUGAUCUGCGUGUGGGCGGAACCUGUUAUGAAGCAACCACUGCUCUGUGUGUCAUUGUGCGUGACUGUGCAGUGUAUUUACUAAACAGUGAAUUUAUUCCGACCAAAGUUUCUAAAAUUCUGGACUAAUCCAUGGCAUCAUCACAAUAGGGCUAGCUCUGCCCCCUUGACAAUUUCGUGUUUUUAAAAAAAAAUGAAACUAUAGUCACAGCUUGGCAGUGUUUCCUGACUUUGAAAAUUAAUUCACCAUAAUUCACUGAUGACUUAUUUAAACUGUAUGUGAGUGUGUUGUUUGAUUGUAAUGAGAGUUAUAAAAUUGGAUAAAAAGAGGAAGUUUUGCGCACACGCUGGAAAAUGUGAUAAUCUGUAACAUAAAUAGCUAUCAUAGGGUAAUAUGUAAACAAUACUAUGCAUAAAUGAUAGUAACUGGGAACACUCACAAUUUAGAGAGCCAUAUAAGUCGGCUCUCUACUUGUAAAAACUCGUCAAAUAAUUCCAAGCAGAGCUGUAUACCAACUGGUCCCACCAAGUACAGAUAAGAAGUAUCGUCUGGAUACAGUCAGGAACUCAAGGUAAGUAGAAAAAUCUUUUAUUCCAAUGAAGAUAUUAUAAAAUUAAGCAUAACGCGUUUCGACCAUACCAUUGGUCUUCCUCAGAUGCAAUGAACAAUAAAUCACAAUAACAUACUUAUAUAAUACACAUAUAAUUAAAACAUUACAUACAUAUGGUAAUUAAUCACAAAAUCCGCCCUUUUCGACCAUAUAAGGGUUUUCCGGGUCAUUUUCCCCUCCCAAUAUGGCGUCCUCCUAAUCCUUAUACUUUCUAUUAUGACCUUCUUAGAAGGAUGUGUGGGCUUGUUGCUCACGUUGUUGCCGAUCAUGUGACUCGCACACUUGUUCGUCAUGUGACUUCCGGUCUAGGUGCCGAUACGUCACUUCCGGUUGCGUCAUUUCCGCUUUUUCGUGUUUACAAUUUCAUCUUUCCAGAGAGAUUCAAGCAGAAAACGUCACUUCCGUUUUAUAUAAUAAAAUAGAAUAAGUCUUUUAUAGGAAAUAAAUCCUAAAUAGGUCCAUAUAAAGUGCAAAUUUUUUCUCAGGCAAAAAACAGAUGGGAAAAGAGGGAAGAAGACAAAGGAGAGAACAAAUUAUUCAAAAAAUAUAUAUAAAUAAACCCAAUUAAUUAAAAAGAGUAUAUAUAAAAUCUAUAAUAAAAUUAUGUAAAUAUAUAAAAUAUUACCAAUUUAACACUGUAAAACAUCAUAUAAAUCUCAGAAGCUUAUAAAAUGGGCCCUAUGUCAAAAUCUAAAUUUAAUCCCCUUGGGUAUAAGGUUUGUAACUCAAAAAUCCAAGAGCUCUCUUUUUUGCUUAAAUUUAAAGUGUUAUUUCCUCCUCUCCAGCUAUUAGAAACUUUUUGAAUAGCCAUAAAAUCUAACUCUUUAGGAUUCGAUUGAUGUGUUUCUAGGAAAUGCUUAGAAACACUAUGAUUAGGAAAACCUUUCCUAAUGUUUCUAACAUGUUCACUUAUACGAACUUUAAGUGCUCUGGACGUUUUUCCUAUGUACUGUAGUCCACAUUUACAUUGUAGGAGAUAAAUAACAUUUUUUGACUCACAUGUAAUAAAAGAACCUACUAAGUGUUGUUUUUUAGUUAUAGUGGAUAGGAAGGAAUCUUUCUUCCUUCCACUUAUACCUGUGCUCUUACAUGCGUUGCAAUUUCCACAGUGAAAAAAGCCUUUUUGCUUUUUUGACCAAUUAUCUAAAAAAGUUCUUGAUUCCUCACCAUUAAUAUAAUUAGAGGUUAAAAUUUGUUUUAAAUUUCUAGCACCUCUAAAAAUGAACUUAGGUCUUUCACCCAAGAACUCUUUGAUGUCAUGUUCUUGUUGAAGGAUGUGCCAAUUCUUAUUGAUAAUCUUUUUUAAACACCCUAUAUUACUCGCAAAAUUAAAAACAAAGGGGAUUCUAUCUGACUUGAGACCUUUUUCUUUUUCUUUAUACUUAAGCAAUUCUGGCCUCUUUAUAGUAUUAGCCAAAGCUAAGCUUUUAUCUAAUUCUUCUGCCUUAUACCCCUUUUGUAAAAACUGUUUCUUUAAAAAAUCCGAUUGUUUAUUAAAAUCUUCCUGUUCAGUACAGUUUCUUUUUAAACGUAAAAAUUGGCCUUUUGGUAUAUUUGUAUAUCAAGGACAUGAUUUUGGGGCAAACUUGGUCCUCUACAGGAGAUAUAUAGAUGAUAUCUUUAUUAUUUGGAAAGGUACUGAAGAAAAUUUUUUACAUUUUUUUAAUUAUCUUAAUCUUAAUGAUUGGGGGAUAAAAUUAACAAAAAAUGUGAGCCCAACCUCCAUAGAAUUUUUAGAUCUUAAUAUUUUUAUUUCAAAUAAUCAGGUCAAGACAAAAACUUUUUUUAAACAAGUUGAUAUCAAUAGUUUUAUCGAUAUUAAAAGCUGCCAUUAUGACCCUUGGCUACGAAAUAUACCAAAAGGCCAAUUUUUACGUUUAAAAAGAAACUGUACUGAACAGGAAGAUUUUAAUAAACAAUCGGAUUUUUUAAAUCCACAGCAUGGGACAAAUGGGAAAUCUGGCGGCAGCAUAAAGGCACACCUACAUAACUGGUAAAAUAUCCACAUUGGAUAUAUAUAUGGGUUUCGGGAGGUGAUAGAUCGACCCCCCCCUUACAGUGUUCCCAGUUAUUCCCCCCCCCCCUAUAUUAAUAAAGAAGGAAGGGACAUGAGAUGCAAGACGUUGUCCAUAAGCUGACAAGACAUUAGACUCCAAAAUGAGUUAACUUAUAUAGCAUAUGGCGAUGUAACAUUAAUGCUGUGUUUAACUGUACAAGUCUGCCCCUUGCAUGGGGACGUACUAUACAAAUGAUGUCUGUUCCCCUACCCUCUUCCUUCUGUAUCCCUUCGUGCAAACUGAAAAUAAUAACAAAUUUCUGAAAAAAAAAAAAAACUCUUCACAUUCUUGAUCUUUGUUAUACUGUCCUUUCAUGCUUCUUGUUUUAUCUCUCCUGACAUUCAUUGUUUCUAUUAACACCUUCUCUAGACAUGUGCAGGGGGACCAAUUUUGGUUUGAUUUCGGUUUCUUUUUAGGAAUUCCAAAUUUUAAUGGCAUUUUGUAAUUAUCUAUUGAGAUGACCAGAAAUUCGACCAACAUCUUUAGAAACUGGACAUCCGUUUUUCCUUAUUGGGUACUGUUUAGUAGACACAUAGGUGUGCGCAGCCUGUUGCAUUAGGGUGUGCACACACGCCGCGUACAUACAUACACAAACACAUAUAUAUAUAUAUAUACAAAUACAAAUAUACAUAGGUGCAGUGUGUGUGAUUGUGAGCAGUGUAGUGUGUGUGUGUGAUUGUGAGCAGUGCAGUGUGUGUGUGUGAUUGUGAGUGGUGCAGUGUGUGUGUGAUUGUGAGCAGUGCAGCGUGUAAGGGGUGCAGUGUGUGUGAUUGCAAGGGGUACAGUGUGUGUGUAUGAUUGUGAGCGGUGCAGCGUGUAAGGGGUGCAGUGUGUGUGAUUGCGAGGGGUACAGUGUGUGUAUGUAAUUGUGAAAGGUACAGUGUGGUGUGAUUGUGAGGGGUACAGUGUGUGUAAUUGUAAGGGAUACAGUGUGUGUGGGGUACAGUGUGUAUGAUUGUGAGGGGUGCACUGUGUGGGCGACAGGGGGUAGGGGGGUGGAGGGGCAGUGGCAGGGGUUGGGGGUAGAGAACGUUGGACAGGGGGUUGGGUAGAGGGACGACAGGGAUUAGGGGGGCAGUGACAGGGUGUGGGGGUGAAGAAGCAGUGAGAGGGGAAGGGGUGGAGGGCAGUGACAGGGGAGUGGGGGGUGGAGGGCAGUGGACAGGGUUAGGGGGGUGGAGGGGGCAGUGAUGGGGUUAGAGGGUGGAGGGGCAGUGACAGGGUGGGGGGUGAAGGGCAGUGAGAGGGAGUAAGAGGGGGGUGGAGGGGCAGUGACAUGGGUUAGGGGGUGGAGGGGCAGUAACAGGGGUUGGGGGUGGAGGGGCAGUGACAGGGGUUAGGGGCAGUGACAGGGGUUAGGGGGUGGAGGGGCAGUGACAGGGUGUGGGGGUGAAGAGGCAGUGAGAGGGGUAAUGGGGGUGGAGGGUCAGUGACAGGUGUUAGGGGUGGAGGGGCAGUGACAGGCGUUAGAGGGGGUAGAGGAGCAGUGACAGGGGUUAGAGGGGGUAGAAGGGCAGUGACAGGAGGUAGGGGGGUGGAGAGGCAUUUACAGGGGGUAGGGGGGUGGAGGGGCAGUGAGUGGCAGGGGGCAUAGGGUUUAAAUACCUUUCCCUGGUGGUCCAGUGGGGGCCCUCUCUCUUCAGUCUGCAGCUCCGCCGGGAGUGAGCUGCAGACCACAUGGUGAGUCUCGCGAUCUCCAGUCAGUCAGAGCGUUGCCGUGGUAACCCGCGGCAACGCUCUGACAGGCUGGAGACGCGAGACACUUCAGUCUGCAGCUCAAUCACGGCGGAGCUGCAGACUGAGGCUGGAUCUCCAUCGGGGCAGACUGACAGGAGGGGCCUCGCACCCGGCUGCAUUGUGGGCAAGCCGCCGGGCCCCCUUCUGUGUCAUGACCUGACAUGUUAGUCUGCCCUAAGGCAGUGCAGCACAGAGAUGUGAUUAGGGUGUGACCAGGCACACCCGGCACACCCCGUGCGCACGCCUAUGAGUAGACAGAUGCCCUAUUUUGGUAGCCUUCUUGAGGAUGGUUCCCCGACUAAUGUUAACAAAUUAGGGAGAUUUUUAGUAGAAAUGCUUUUUUCGAGGACAUGAAAAGUUCUGCCCUUUAUACCUUUGGAAACUACAGCAUUGCUGUGAGAGAACUUUUCAAAACAUGCACAUUAGUUUGUUUAAAGGUUUUAUGAAAAAAUAUUUUUUAUGCUAUUGUAGAAGAUCCUUCACACACAGUCAAAUUCGUGGCCUCUUAUAUUUUAGAAAUUGUAGUUGAUAAUUGGAGUAACCGUUAAGAAACAUACAGAAUCAAAGGAAUUUGCAUGAAAGCUAACAAAAUCUAAAGACAAAGGUCCCAUAGCAGACUCAAAGAGGCUUGUGCUGUAUUCAUUUACACAUGGGGUGCCAAAAAGGUAGAUCCCCAAAUGUUUUAAAACUAUAACUUCCUGGAGGUUUUGUCAUUCUAAAGACAUGCAAGGGCAUGCAAAGCAUCAUGGGAGUUGUAAUUCUGUAACAUCUGGGGAUCUACUUGUUAGGCACCCCUGAUUUACACGCUUUCCCAGGCAAAUGUCAGUGUAGUAUGUAAAUUGAUAAACUAUUGCAGUUCUGUACAGAAGGCAAUACAUGUGUAUAGCUCUUCUGGAGAAAAUGGCGCAAGUGCAGUAUUUCUCGGAUGCAUUACUGAGAGGGUAGUGGAUGCAUGGAAUAGCCUCCCAGCUGAGGUGGUAGAGGUUAACACAGUGAGGGAGUUUAAGCAUGCGUGGGAUAGACACAAGGCCAGGGACUAAUAGAGUACUUAGAAAAUUGGACAGACUAGAUGGGCCGAAUGGUUCUUAUCUGCCGUCACAUUUUAUGUUUCUAUGCCAUAGUGUGCACACUGAUAAAGUGCAAAGGUAAGUACAUAAAAAAAAAGUAUAAUAAAUACAAUAUUGUAUAUCAAACACAACAUGACAAGAAUACAGAGGAUUGCAGAUGAUUAUACACGCCACAAUGCGUAUCGUCUGAGGCAAAGAUAGCAAAAUGUAAUAAAUUGUCACAAAAACAGAGCAUUUAAAAAUCCAAAGGUACAGAGGAUUGUGUGCAUUUAAGUUAUUGGCAAAACAUUUAUGCCUAGUGAUUCCUUGAGUUACUAACAGAGUAAGACAAUUACCCACUGGUUAUCAGCUUCGACAGAAGCAUUUAGUGCUUGCAACCCCCACAGAGGGCGAGAAAGGAGCAACUGGUAAUAGUAAUGAGAUGUAUGAGAACCAGCGAAUGUGCCAGCUGGAGAGAGUCGCAGGAUUAGGAAGAAGGGAGUUAUAGUAGAAGUGAGAUGGACAGGCGGACCUUGGGGCUAGGAGCAUCCUGGUUGGAUGUGCGAAGAUGUUGGAAUGCUUCAUUCCAUGUAGAUUGAAAUUUAGAGAUUGAGCCCCACAUUUGAUAUGACAUUUCUUUGUAUGUUCUAGUUUUCGCAGGAUGCUCACAUACUGUUUCCACGGGGGGUAUCUUUGCAGUUUUUAUUGAAUAAUGUAUAAUAAUGUAUUCAAUAAUUUAUAAUAUUGCCUGUUUAUAAGUUCUCUUACACAUCAUGGUUUUCUAGGCUGUAAAGCUAAACACUGCGCAUGCAUCACUCUGGUAAAUGGUACAUGCGUAGUUAGUUUGCACUAAAAUUAAUAUAUCAAAAGAUGUCAAUGCUAACAAUGUCACAAUGCAACCUGUUUUAAUAAACAGGAGAACAAAGCCUGUCAUGUCCGACAUGAUAAAGGCUCAGAGAGGAGCCGAAACGUCUCCACUUCCUUGUUUUAAGUAAAAAGACAACCUUUUAGAAGAAACCUCAGGUGUGUCUGGAUAUUUCUUUUCUUCCAUUAACUGACAAUGAGUGUUGCCAAGAAAGUCAAUGAGUGUGAUUGACUGUGAGUGUGAUUGACAGAUAGACAGUGAGUGUGAAACAGAGAGUGAGUGUGACUUACAGACAGACCGUGAUUGUAACACAGACAGACAGUGAGUGUGACUGACUGACAAUGCGUGUGACACGGACAGGUAAAUGAGUGUGACUGACUGUGAGUGUGAUUGACAGAUAGGCAGUGAGUGUUACACAGACAGUGAGUGUGACUUACAGACAGACAGUGAGUGUGAAAGACAGUAAGCAUGCCUGACUGACAGUGAGUGUGAUACACAGACAGUGAGUGUGCCUGACAGAGAGUGAGUGAGUGUAACACAGACAGACGGUGAGUGUGACACAGACAGUGAAUGUGACUGACUGACAGACAAGUGUGACUGACAGUGAGUGUGAUUGACAGACAGAUGAGUGUAACUUACAGAAAGACAGUGAGUGUGACACAGACAGACACUAACUUUGACUGACUGCUAGUGGUUGUGACAAACAGUGAGUGUGACCGACUAACAGACAAUGCAUGUGACUGACAAUGAUUAUGACAGAAAAAAGCAGUAAAUGUGAUUGACAGGGAGACGAGUGUGAAUGACAGUGAGUGUGAGUUACAGGCAAUUGUGAGUGAGACCGACAGUGAGUGUGAUUGAAUCAGUGAUUGUGACACAGAUAGUGUUUGUGACUGACAGACAGACAGUGAAUGUGACUGACUGAAAAUGAGUGUGACACAGACAGUAAGUGUGAAUGUCUAAAUGAUGAGUGUGACUGAUAGAAAAUGAGUGUGAUUGACAGACAGACAGGGAGUGUUACUGACAGAGAGCCAGUGAGUGUGACUGACUGACAGAUGAGGGUGACUGACAGACAUUUAGUGUGAUUGACAGACAGACAGUGAGCGUGACACAGAUUGUCAGUGAGUGUGACUGACACACAAUGAGUGUGAUUGACAGACAGAGAGUGUGACAGAAAGACAAUGAACGUGAUCGACAGAUAGACAGUGAGUGUGAUGGACAGACAGAACAAAUGUUGUCCAUCACAGCAGUUGCAACUGAUCUGAAUUUCCAGCCUCCUGGGCACCAGGAUCAGCACCAGAGCUGUCAUCAGAAAAUUUGUGGCCACUUACAUAGCGACGACCUAGAACCCUUACCCUAA